AGGGUGGUUGACCCAGGUUGGGGAGCUAGUUCAACAACAGGAUCUCAUCAUUGGGAGCCAGAAGAAUCUUCCGCAGGAAGAUCUGCCAUCCCUGCAAGUUCUUAUGACACUUACCGGUAUGAAAGCAGAAGUCGAGAAGUAAGGUAUUCAGAGGGUGGAAGAGUCUCUGAGUGGUCUGAUAUGGAUAGGAAAUCAUCCCGUUGGGAGCAUGAUGUACCAACUAUGGAAAGACCUAUUGUUCGAGAUUACGCUGAAGAAUAUCGUUAUGAAAACAGAGAGACUCCUCCUCUGCACAGGUGGAAUGCCAUGGAAAAACGUAUGUCUCCUGGCAGGGAUACUGGAUCAAGUCGUGGAGGUGGUACAAGUUCUCGGUGGGAGUCAGCAGAAUCUUAUUCUCGUGAUGCCAGAAUGUCAGACAUUUUCUCAAGGGAAUACGAAUCAGGUUUGAAAGAUGGAGGAAAGGCCAGAGCUUCUAGAUGGGACCCUGUUGCACCACUUCCAAGUGGUUCAGGAAGUUUAAGUCAGAAAAUUGGAAGCACCAGUCAUCUACCCAGCAGUGGAAGAUCAGCUAGCAAGCAUUCAUCCUCUUCAACUUCAGACGUUCCGUAUCGAGCAGUAGAAUCAUCUGACAAGACAGAUUCGGCACUUGAUAGCUUUGGGAUCUUGGCUGAAGGUCUUUCCCCACGGUCUUCAGAUUCAAGUACAAGACUUGCGCUCUUCGUUGCAUUCAAAAAGUUUGGGAAAAUAUCAGAACUGCAGAUCCACGGCAGUGGGGAAUCCCGCUAUGGCUUGAUAUUCUUUCGUCAUCAGUAUUCUCAGGAAACUGCCCUCAAGGCCAUGCAAGGGAAGGAUUUCUUUGGAACUCCCCUUAAGCUUUUACCAUGGACUUUGCCAGGUAGGGGUGGCUCCACACAUUUUUCUGAGUAUGGGAUUGAAGUUAUUGUUUUGAAUGUAUUAGUACAGAUGUUUCUUUUGUUUCAUGUAAUUACAUUCUGGAGAGGUGGUAGAAUCUACAGUUAA